AUGAAAGGUCGGGAUCUGGUGACAUUUAACCGCAACGAGAGGGAUGCCAGGAACAAGGAUGUGGUUGAGAGACUUUGCACCGACAUGGGCUGCAGCGAGCCCGUCGCCAGGAAUUUCUUGAAGUACAAGAAGUUCGGAAUCGGACCGUUGGCCGACUUCGAAGCGGAGCGCAUGAGACUCUCUCAGCGCUCUCAGAAAGAUCAUCGGGCUUUGCGAGAUGACCGCGUCCAACGUGAUGCGGACGGUGCCGCAGAGGGCAGCGGCAACGUCGUGGAAAAGAUGCGAAGGGUUCGAGACCUGGAGACACGACUCAGAGAGCAAAAGGAGAAGGAGGAACAGCUAGAGCAGGAGAUGCUCGAGGAGAUGAAGAAGAAGAAGCAGAAGAAGCGGGCCGGCCUCGCUCCUUUGGGACCAGCUCCUCGGCAAAGUGCAGACUCCGCACUCCGACGGACCGGGGCACAGACGGCGAUUGGGGACACAGGACUAACUCCGCCAGAGCCGGAGCCACAAACCGGGGCUCCGGAACCGGAGAAGGCAGCAGGCUCAGCAGAGCCAGAGCCUCUCAGUCAAAGUGGGCAGUGGCAGAGCCUGCCGCGGCAAUCACCCGCACCGCCUGCGCCCAACACAGAUUGGCGAAGAGAGGAGGAGGACAAAAAGAAGAAGAAGGCUCAGGAGCAGGCCCACCAGAAGCACCACAAGAAGAAGAAGAAACGCAGACGAGGGGAUGAAGAGGAGGAAAAGUCUGAGGAGUCGGAGAAGCAUCAGCGUAAAAGGCAGCGCUCUAGAUCCCGGUCUGUACCCGUGGAAGAGGAGGCAGCUCGCAAGGCAUCAAGCAGUUCAGGACUCAUGACCGAAAAAGAGGUUCUAGCCAUGAUGGGCAAGGAAAAGGCCAAGGAGAAGCCACAGCGUGGAUCAGUUCAGGCCAAAUUGCGCAUCCAGCGGGAAAUGCAGGAGUGGAACAGCACAAAAGCGGAGAAUGAAGAGUUCUGGAAGGCACCUCGAUUUGCGCUGUGCUAUUCAGCCGAGACCAGCCGAACCCUUCGCGGUAACACUGGUCCAAACACUGCAGAUCCACACCGCAAAGGAGGAGCAGGAGAGACGCAUCAUCGGUGA